AUGCGCAGUGAAGCUGGAGGAGAGGAUGCCUUAGUGGGCAAUGUGAACAAGCUGAUGGUGACUCCACCAGGAUACACAGGAGUUCCACGGAAAGGCCACCUUGUCUUUGAUGCUUGCUUCGAGAGUGGUAACCUUGGACGUGUUGAUUACAUCAGUGAAUUUGAGUUUGAUCUGUUCAUCAGACCUGACACCUGUAACCCUCGCUUCAGAGUUUGGUUCAACUUCACAGUGGAAAAUGUGCGGGAGACACAGAGGGUGAUUUUCAACAUUGUCAACUUUAGCAAGACCAAGAGCCUGUAUAGAGAUGGCAUGUCUCCAGUGGUGAAGUCCACCAGCCGGCCUAAAUGGCAAAGACUCCCGACUAAGAAUGUGUACUACUACCGCUGCCCUGACCAUCGGAGAAACUACGUGAUGUCUUUUGCCUUCUGCUUUGACCGAGAGGAUGAUGUGUACCAGUUUGCCUACUGCUACCCCUACACCUACACCAGACUGCAGCACUACCUGGACAGCUUGGAGCGCAGGAACCUGGACUACCUGCAGAGGGAGCAGCUGGGGCUCAGUGUGGUGAGUGUGUCCAGAGAGAGGACAGUAGGGGUCCUUGACUGUGCUACUGUAGGUGGUGUGGUGUGGAGGCUGGUGGAGCCACACAGAGUGUCUCCUCUCUGUGUUGUGCCUGUGCAGCGCUGCAUGCUGGUUGCCCUCUGA